AUGGAUUCGGCACGACAACAGCAGCAGCAGCAGCAAUCAUCACCGCCACAACCACAAACACCGGCACUAAUGGAAGCACGGAGACCGGGUCUGACUAGACUCAUCACCUCUUGUGCCGAUGCUCUCGCAAAGACCCUCACUCAGGGUACCGGGGACGAUGGGGAUCUCAAGACUUGGUGUCCUGACCUCGGAGUCUGUGGUGACGGUGACGGUGACGAUAGGUCGUCCUCGUCGACGACGGCCACGACUGUGACGAGUGAUGCGCUCCUGUCUGCUGUACAACAACGACAGGCGCACCACUCGGACAUCCCGCGGCACCGAGGGAAGAAAGGGCCGGAGAAGACGGACGAGAUCAUGAGCGACGUCGAGCGAGGAGGAGGAGGAGGAGGACGACAACCAAGCCGACAAGAACGACAAAACGUAGAAGAAGAGGAGCGUGGAUGGAGAAGAUUUGUCAAGUAUUUUACGCCGUCAUGGUACACGGUGACAAUGGGUACUGGAAUCGUCUCGAUCCUUCUCAACCAGUUCCCUUACCGGGCCAGAUGGCUCUAUUGGCUCUCGAUCGCGGUGUUUGCGCUCAACGUCGCCUUGUUCCUCUUUUUUCUCUUCGUCUCGACGGUUCGUCUCUUCGUAUUCCCCGCCACUUGGACGCUGGCCAUCGACCGGCCCAAGACCAGACUCUUCCUGGGCGCCAUCCCCACCACCAUGUCGACCAUCGUCAACAUGUGGGUUUUUGUCUGUGUGCCCGCUUGGGGAGAGUGGGCGGUAUACUUUGCUUGGGGACUAUGGAUCGCCGACGCCACUAUAUCCCUCCUUUUGGCGUUGUACCUGCCUUUCGUGGUGGUCGCUUCUCGCCACAACGAGACACCCCUCAGUUCAUACACGGCCCUCCAGCUGUUCCCGAUCAUCGCGUGCGUCGUUGCAUCGGCGUCGGCGGCCGUCGUGGCCAGCGUCAUCCCCCACCCGCACCAGGCCCUCGUCACGGUCCUCGCGGGGUACGUCCUCUGGGGUCUGGGUGUGCCGACGGCCCUCUUCGUCAUGGUGAUUUAUUUCCAGCGGUUGACCAUCCACAAACUUCCACCCAGAGAGGUCAUCGUCUCGUGCUUCAUGCCCAUCGGCCCACUCGGCAUGGGAGGGCUCUCAAUCACGAAGUUGGGCGCGGUCGCCCGAAUCAUAUUCCCGCGGACCGACACCAUCCAUCCCCUCGCCGGCGACCUGGCGUACAACUUGGGGGUGUUUGUCUGCUUGAUCUUCUGGGGGUUCACCUUGCUUUGGCUGUUCCUCGCGGUCGCGAGCAUUUGGAAUUGUGGUCGGUUUCCGUUCAACAUGGGCUGGUGGGGAUUCACUUUCCCCAUCGGCACGUUUGCUCUGUCGAGUGAUGCACUGGCCGUGGAAGUGCCGUCGAGAUUCUUCAGGGUCAUUGGCGCGAUCACGUCGGUUUGCGUGUGCCUCUUGUGGAUGCUGGUCGGCGCUGCGACCUUGAGAGAUCUAGUGACUGGUGGCAAGAGGUUGUUCCACGCACCGCCACCUCCAGUGAAAAAGGCUGUUGACGGCAACAAAGACGUCGGGAAGAUGGGUCAGGUUGAAGAGAAACAGGCAUAA